AUGGAGGCGGCGGCGGAGGUGGCGCUCUGCGCCUUCCAGGCGGAUCCAGAGCCUCGCGAUAGGCGCGUUGAAUCCGCCGAGGACUCUUCUAUCAGCAGUGCAAGUGGCAGCGACGGAGACGCAGCGGAGCGCGAGGAAUUCGACGAUAGCGACGACAACUUCGGCGCCGACGCCUUGCCCCGGGAUCGCGAGAGUCUGGAGCACGAGCUAGCGCGUCUGGACGACAUGGAGUGCCGUCUACAGGCCGAGACAGCGACGGACUUGGUGCUGGGCUGCAAGCUGCUGCGGGCUGCGCGCCGGCAGCGCGUGGCCAGGGCCCACGCGGCUCUGGAGCGGCGGCAGUCGGCGGCGCGCCGAGUGCUCGAGUACGCCGGAGAGAAGGCGCGCGAGACGUACGCGAGCCGCUGCGCCGAGCUCAAGAGGGAGAUGAACGCCGACAUCGAGCGCGAGCUGCGCCGGCUGCAGACGGCCAAGGACGGCGUGAGCGUGACCAGUCGCCGGCGCCGAGCCGUGAGGGACGAGACGCCGCCGUCCAAGAGCUCGGGCAACGGCAUGAGGAGGCGGCGCACGAUGUACACCAGCGACGGAGACGAGGAUGGACCUGAAGACGUCUUCUUGGCCUCGGCCUCGCCCCAGGAGAGGGCGCACAGGGUGCAGUUCCAGGAGAAGAAGCGGCUCGAGCGGCUCUUGGGGCGCGCGUCGGUCUUCAAGCCCGUCGUGAAGCAGGUGACGCCCCAAGAGAUCGCAGAGGACCUGGAAGCCAUUCGAAGCGCCGUCCCG